AUGUUCUGGAUUGCGAGAACGACGACGACGGUAAGGUACAAGCUAAGGGAAAGAGGUGUCUACGAUGCAAUGAACCAUAUGUGUAGGCGUGGUAACAUUCUCAAGGUGUACUCGACGACUGGCGAAAAUACCACAAAGGAGGAACGACUAUGUGCCUUUAUUGCAAUGCGAUACAAGUCACCUAGCCAUGAAGCGCUCAAAGCACUACCCACUGAUGUCCUUGUGACUCUCAGUCCAGUCUUCACAUAUGACUUAGUCCUUGUUGGAGUUAUUGGAGGGGUCUCUCUUGGAGUUGUCAUUCUUUGGCUAUUGGUCGUCCAGCACACGCGAACUCAAAGCAAACGUCGCAUCCGAUGGGACCUCUGA